CUAAUUGCUAUAUAAAUGUUCCAGAGAAAGACAUCUUUUAAAGCUUAUAGAUUCCAAUAACCGACAAUGAGGAUUUAUAGCGUCUUGGCUUUUGUAGCUUUGGCAGGGUAUGUUUCGGCAGGAGUAAGACGCGCUGAUUGUCAUAACGGACACCAGUGUGUGUGCUCUGACGGACAGACCGGAGUCUGUAACAGCCAGGGACAUUGUGACUGCGGAAACAACGGCAAGAGACAGGCGGCCAGUCAGUGUACCACCGCCGCUGAUUGCACCGGAUGUUCUAGUAACCAGGUCGCCGAGUGUCACCAUGGACACUGCACGUGUCACCAUGACAGCAACCAUCACCCUUUUAGACGCGCUGAUUGUCAUAACGGACACCAAUGUGUGUGCUCUGACGGACAGACCGGAGUCUGUAACAGCCAGGGACAUUGUGACUGUGGAAACAACGGCAAGAGACAAGCGGCAAGUCAGUGUACCACCGCCGCUGAUUGCACCGGAUGUUCUAGUAACCAGGUCGCCGAGUGUCACCAUGGACACUGCACGUGUCACCAUGACAGCAACCAUCAUCCAUUCAGACGCGCUGAUUGUCAUAACGGACACCAGUGUGUGUGCUCUGACGGACAGACCGGAGUCUGUAACAGCCAGGGACAUUGUGACUGUGGAAAUAACGGCAAGAGACAGGCGGCCAGUCAGUGUACCACCGCCGCUGAUUGCACCGGAUGUUCUAGUAACCAGGUCGCCGAGUGUCACCAUGGACACUGCACGUGUCACCAUGACAGCAACCAUCACCCUUUUAGACGCGCUGAUUGUCAUAACGGACACCAGUGUGUGUGCUCUGACGGACAGACCGGAGUCUGUAACAGCCAGGGACAUUGUGACUGUGGAAACAACGGCAAGAGACAGGCGGCCAGUCAGUGUACCACCGCCGCUGAUUGCACCGGAUGUUCUAGUAACCAGGUCGCCGAAUGUCACCAUGGUCACUGCACGUGUCACCAUGACAGCAAUCAUCAUCCCUUCAGACAAAUUAGACAGACGAUGUGUACUGUAGAUGCCAACUGCACAUGCGCCGGAGCCCAUGAAGUAGCUUUCUGUGAAAAUGGAAACUGUCAUUGUAAACACGACGAACAUCAUCACAAUCCAGGAAACCACCAUCCCGGCCGACGCCAAACCACAGCCUGUAUGGAUCCAGAUGAUUGUACAUGCGGCGCCCAUGAAACCGCCACCUGUGACGCUGGCAUGUGUCACUGCCACAAUAAUGGCGAUACAGGAAACCACAACCCACCACAUCAUCCACAAAUUAGACAGACGAUGUGUACCGUAGAUGCCAACUGCACAUGCGCCGGAGCCCAUGAAGUAGCUUUCUGUGAAAAUGGAAACUGUCAUUGUAAACACGACGAACACCAUCACAAUCCAGGAAACCACCAUCCCGGCCGACGCCAAACCACAGCCUGUAUGGAUCCAGAUGAUUGUACAUGCGGCGCCCAUGAAACCGCCACCUGUGACGCUGGCAUGUGUCACUGCCACAAUAAUGGCGAUACAGGAAACCACAACCCACCACAUCAUCCGUAGCUGAUUACCAUCAUCACAUAGGAAAUAAAAUUAAUACAUCUGCAUACCCUUUGUUGAUUUUUAUAA